UUGCUUCCUUCUCUCUCUGAAGACUUUUUCUGAAUACUUAUCUUUCCCGUUGUUAUGCACUAUGCUUAGUUAUGUUUUCAGUUUUGUUGUAUUGAAGUGUUUCUGCCUCUUCAUUAGACUGUUUUAGUUAUACUGCUACUUCAUUUCCAUGCUAUCAUCUGUUUUGUUAUCAUUGUUUCAGUUCUGAUCGCACGUAUGUUUAAGUUUACUGCUGCCUAGCUUAAGUUUUCCUUUAGUACUUCUUCGGUAUUAGUUUGUAUUGUUCUGUUUUUUUCGUGAUUACUUUGUUUUCUUCGAAGAAAUUAACCCUUUUGAAGUAGCUCUUCCAAAAAAAUUGUUGAAAUCUUUCAUUCACCCCCCCCCUCUGGUUGAUUAACUUGAUCUUACGGUAUCUUAGAUAAUUAGUUUUGCAAGUGAACAUUUUCUUUACCUUCCUUUUUGUAAAAUCUUCAAACCAUGUCAGACAUUCACUAUCAUGCACAACAUGUAUGCUAUUGUUUACUUUUCUGCUUUAUGCUGGACAGAGUUUUUUUUACUUGGGAUUUGAACAUAGAGCAGAUGUGUUGGAAAGCAUGGAUCCACCACACUGGUGCCUGUUGGUGUGAGUUGAUAUUUAUGUAUCUGCUAGAGGGCUCAAGUGUAAAAUGUACAUAUAAUAUAGAUAGAGAAUAGAGAGAUGGAUCGGAAGAGAUCCAGAAAAUUCCCCAUUCAUCGCCUCUGCCCUCUCUCUCUGUUCUUCAACCCAGAUCACUCAAAUCUUCCAGUUUUUUGUAUGAAAAUCAAUAUGGCAUCGGAGCAGGUUCGUUCCUUUGCGCUCUCCCUGCAAUUUUGAGCGCAGAUUGGCCGCCGACGAGGUGCUGUGUCGCCGUAGUCUGGAGCUUGCGGUCGUUGCUGUCGUGUGUGGUGUUGUGGUCUGUCCGCGUCCCUGUCUUCAUCCCCUCUGCAGUCCGCCGGAGUGAGGUGCUGCACCACCGCCGCUGGACCCGGACAUAGGUCUGUAGCGCUGCUCUGGUUUGGUGUCAAGUGGUUUGCGACGUGGUCAACUUCAUCCCCAAAGUGCUGUCCUACUUCUUUCUGGUACCUAUCAAGCCGCUGGUUCAUCUCCAAGUUUUUUAUUUGGCACAUAUUUUCUUGCGUGAGGUCUCCAUCACAAACAGAGGAGAGGCCAAGUUAAAUCAGACUAGUGUGCUACAGGCUACAACAAAUUAGCAACUGCCGUGGUGAACUUUAAUACAAUUGUUGAGUGUGCUUGGGGUGUGCUUUUGCAUUGAAAAUGUCAGAGCAAACUAAGGAUAAAUCAGGGGAUUCAAGUAUAGAAAAAAUGUAUGAAAUAUUCAGUAAAUUGCUUGAGCAGCAGCAGCUUAAAGCAGUCCCAGAGACAGUUAAGUAUGCCCUGGAACCAAAUCCAGUGAGGUUAUCAGGUCCUGGCAACUAUGUCAGUUGGGCACGCCAUGCUCAAUUGAUACUGAGUUCUCAUGGCUAUGAGAACCUACUUGUAGAUGAUGAAGAAAA